AAUCGCUAAUAAAAUUAUUGCACUGUUAGUUGCUUUGCAACUGAAAAAACAGGAAAAUGAAAUCAAUCGCCUCGGACAAAUCACUAAAUAUCAGAAUACAGAGAUGGAAGUGAAUAAUUUGAAUAAGGUGGAUUUGCAGUUACCCAAAAAUUUUGAAAAACGGGCACUCGAAAAAUUGUAUAAACUCGGAUUAUAA